GGCCUGAAUUGAGUCGCUGGAAUUAGCAGAGCAGCCAUGAGAAUCACUUUGGAACAAGAACAGAGCACGGAAAACAAGUAACCAUUCUAAUCAACUGCAGCUAAUCCCCGUCCUUCUCCCGCUGCCAUGGCUUCUCUUCCACUCACCCCAUCAUCCACCGCCGUCCCCGCCAACCUCCUCCGUCAACCCUGCUCCCUUCUUCCUCUCUCCUCAAAUUUGAAACCCACCGCCGGUGGCCGGUUCAGAAGAACAAGACCCAACCUAUCUUCUCAACCAAAUGUCGCUCCCGUCGACAAACAAGAAUCAAUCACCGCCACAACCAAUCCCAAAAUCGAUUAUGGAGUCGUCGGAGUUCACCACGUCGGAAUCCUCUGCGACAACCUCGAAACGUCGCUCGAGUUCUACCAGGGGAUGCUGGGUCUUGAGAUAAACGAGGCAAGGCCUCACGACAAGCUUCCAUACAGAGGAGCUUGGUUGUGGGUGGGCGCCGAGAUGAUCCAUCUGAUGGAGCUCCCCAAUCCGGACCCUUUAACCGGACGCCCUGAACAUGGUGGCCGCGACCGCCAUGCUUGCCUCGCCAUUCGAGAUGUCUCCAAGCUCAAAGAGAUCCUCGACGAAGCGGGACAUCCCUACACACUUAGCCGGUCCGGGAGGCCUGCAAUCUUCACUCGCGAUCCGGAUGCGAAUGCGCUGGAGUUCACUCAAGUCGAUUGACUUCCCUACAGCUUCAGCUCACAAUGGCAUUAAAUUUUUUCAUGCAGUAUCCGAAUAUAUGCAAGAGUAGAUGAAUUACAGCACUGUACAGAGUAACACUUCCCUUCAAAUAUAUGCACCUUUCUUGUUUCCUAUAUCUUUGUGUAUAUGCUGGUUUCUUAUGUUAUGAAUUACAACUUUCUGUAACCAGUUUCGUUUUCUCAAUUCGCUCCGAGUGUACCAUAUGCUGUACAGUACUGCUGACAAACGGUCAUCAUCGACUUCUAAAGGAAGAUGAGUUACAGGGGAGAAACUUGGGCAGCAACCUUUUCGAUGAUACAAGAUUACUGAUGCUUUGAAAAGCUAUUGAGAAUUCACCCGAGACAUCCAUUCACGAAUCGCAGAGCGUAACAUGUGAUUUGGGGUCAAGUCAGAAUGUUGGAGUCGAAGCUUUGUCACUGGAGAAAUGUUGUGCCUCUCCAGCCAUGUCUUGAUGGCUAUUUUUUCGUAGGUGAAACCAUCAGCAGCAAUGUGAGGAUCAUCCAUUACUUCCUGCAUCAGUAUGAAGAAAGAAUUAGAUGGCAGAUAAGAGUUCUGGCGGCAACCUAUAACUGUCUGCUUUGCUUACAUACCUUAAGGAUUGGACAAAAAUAGUAGCUUGGUGCAUAGAUGCUGCAUCUCUCUGUCUUCAUGCUAGCAUCUGCUACUUCGCCGAGUCUUCUAAGAACUGGCAGUACUUCAGUAUCGAGAUCUGGCCUAUCUCUGCAACGAAGCUUUACACAGUUCAGAGCAAUUUGGGCAAGCUCCUUGGCUUCACCAAGUGGCCAAUCUGCAAUGGAUGGAUCUA